GAUGAGGAGGGAGCUCACAUCUUCUCUCUGCUUCUUUUACCAAUUUAGACGUAGACUUAGAUCAGAUUCAGCUCCAAAUCCAGGACUCGCUAACGGGAAUUAGAAAGAGGGAUAGUCUAAAUUAGUUUGCUAUGUAGGGAAAAGUAUUUUUCUUUUUUUUUUAGUUUUGUUGCAGAUUUUUUUUAACCCAGCAGGCGAUUGCCGUUAAGAUCAAAUAGUAAAAGCAACAAUCCUGUUUUUGUUUUAAAGCGCAUUAAUAAAUGUUUGUACGCGAAUAUUUAUUUAUGUAAAGAUGGGACGUUAUGCGACGGGAUUAUCACUAUUUUGGCACUUUUUCUCUUACUACAAUCGCAUUGCAUAGGUAAUUUUUUUUUAAAGAAAAUGUAUUAGGUCCCUUCGUUUACUUCUCUCAAAAUAGCAAUCGCCCUCCAGAUUUUACUUUUCUAUUUUUAAAUCUUGACAAAACAUCCGCUGCUGUUAUCUAAGAAAAUAAUAAGAAAUAACAUAGGGCACUCGCUGUGUAGUGUGUACAUUUUAUCGGUCUGAAAUUGAUCGACUUCAGCUGUUUGCUUUAGGAUGUCUCGCCGCAAGCAAGCUAAACCAAGAUCUUUGAGAGUAGAAGAAAAUGAGACAGAGGACCAGCAGCCUACUGUGGGGCAGACAGCCACUCCAAGCGAUCCCGAUUGUAAACUAGGCAGGAAGGCUGAGGAUGGCGAAGGAGGCGAUCUGAAGAAAAGGCUGGUUUCUCUGGAGGAGGGGGAGGAGAUAGAAGAGGAAGCUCUGCACAGCUGUGACAGCUGCCUCCAGGUGUUCGAGUCGCUGAGCGAUCUCACUGAACACAAGAUUAAUCAAUGCCAGCUGACAGAUGGUGCUGAUGUUGAGGAUGACCCUUCUUGUUCCUGGCCUGCAUCCUCACCUUCGAGCAAAGACCAGACCUCGCCAGCGCCCGGGGACGGCUAUGACUUUGGGGAAGAGGAAGGAGGCCCCGGACUACCUUACCCGUGCCAGUUCUGUGACAAGUCCUUCAGCCGCCUCAGCUUCCUAAAGCAUCACGAGCAAAGCCACAGCGACAAGCUGCCGUUCAAGUGUACCUACUGCAGCCGCCUGUUCAAACACAAGCGCAGCCGCGACCGGCACAUCAAGCUCCACACGGGGGACAAGAAGUACCAUUGCAGCGAGUGCGACGCGGCCUUCUCGCGCAGCGACCACCUGAAGAUCCACCUGAAAACGCACACCUCCAACAAGCCAUACAAAUGUGCCAUCUGCCGCAGGGGCUUCCUCUCCUCCAGCUCCCUGCACGGCCACAUGCAAGUCCAUGAGCGGAACAAAGAUGGCUCCCAGGCCUUGUCCAGGAUGGAGGAGUGGAAACUGAAAGAGACCCAGAAGUGCAGCCAGUGCGAAGAGGGGUUUGAUGUCCCGGAGGAGUUGCAGAAACAUAUCGCAGAGUGCCACCCAGAGUGCUCUCCACCUCAGGAAAGAGCCGCCCUUCAGUGUAUUUACUGCCACGAACUUUUUGCUGAGGAGACUGCUCUUUUAAGCCACAUUGACCAGGUGCACAACAGAGAGAAGAAGGGCCACACGUGCACCAUCUGCUCUGAGCAUUUCCACUCAGUGGAAGAGCUCUACAGCCACAUGGAUGUUCACCAGCAGCCAGAAUCUAGUAACCAUAGCAACAGUCCCUCCUUAGUGACAGUAGGUUAUACCUCUGUCUCUAGUACCACACCAGAUUCAAACCUCUCUGUGGAUAGCUCCACUAUGGUAGAAGUAGGCCCACCAUUGCCAAAAACCCGUGGAAGAAAAAGGGCAGCACAGCAAGGAGCUGACAUUGCUGUAUUGUCCUCUAAACAAGCAAAAAUUACUUACAGCUGCAUAUACUGUAACAAGCAAGUGUUUUCUAGCCUUGCUGUUCUACAGAUACACCUUAAGACUAUGCACCUGGACAAGCCGGAGCAAGCUCACACCUGUCAGUAUUGCUUAGAGGUACUUCCGUCUCUCUACAACUUGAACGAGCACCUCAAGCAGGUCCAUGAAAACCAAGACCAUAGCGCCUUGCUUGGCGGUAUGGCAGCUGCAGUUCUCCAAUGCAACUUUUGCCCUGAAGCACUUGGUGACCUCAAUGCUUUGCAGGAGCACAUCCGCUGCUCACAUGGCUUCGCCAGCCCAGUUGCCAAAGAGAGCAAUGCCUUCUUCUGCCCCCAGUGCUUCAUGGGCUUUCUCACAGAGACAACCCUUGAGGAACACAUCCGGCAGACACACUGUGAUGGGGGGAACACGCGGUUUGAUUCGCCCAUAGCUGGGACUCCCAAGGAUCCCAUUGUAGAGGUGUACUCCUGUUCAUACUGCACCAAUUCCCCCAUCUUCAACAGCAUCCUGAAACUGAACAAACAUAUAAAAGAGAACCACAAGAAUAUCCCCCUUGCGCUUAAUUAUAUCAAUAAUGGGAAGAAAUCAAGCAGAGCCCUGAGCCCAUCGUCUCCAGUGAAUAUGGACCAAGCCUCCCUUAAAAUGGGACAGAGUGGUUCCUCAUCCCGGUCAGCAAGUGAAUUUAUUUGCAAUCAGUGUGGCGCCAAGUAUUCCAGCCUAGAUAUGUUCCAGACCCAUCUGAAAACGCACUUAGACAGUGUCCUGCCUAAGCUGACUUGCCCACAGUGCAACAAAGAAUUUCCCAACCAGGAGUCCUUGCUAAAGCACGUGACGAUUCACUUCAUGAUCACUUCCACCUACUACAUCUGUGAAAGCUGUGACAAGCAGUUCACAUCUGUGGAUGACCUUCAGAAGCACUUGCUGGACAUGCACACCUUUGUGUUCUUUCGCUGUACACUUUGUCAAGAAGUCUUUGACUCCAAAGUAUCCAUCCAGCUCCACUUAGCUGUAAAGCACAGCAAUGAGAAAAAAGUCUAUCGCUGCACGUCCUGCAACUGGGACUUUCGCCACGAGUCUGAUCUGCAGUUGCAUGUCAAGCACAACCACCUGGAAAACCAGGGCAAAGUGCACAAGUGCAUCUUCUGCGGGGAGUCCUUUGGCACUGAGGUGGAACUGCAGUGUCACAUUACUACCCACAGCAAAAAAUACAACUGUAAGUUUUGCAGCAAGGCCUUCCAUGCCAUCAUAUUACUUGAGAAGCAUCUGCGUGAAAAGCACUGUGUUUUUGAGGGCAAGGCUCAGAACUGUGGCACGAAUGGCUCCGCUGCUGGUGUUGAGCAGGUUCCCAAGGAUGACGCAGAGUUGCAGAGCCUUUUGGCCAAUAGCCAUGAAUCUCACAACAGCCAUGAUGGCAGCGAAGAGGAUGUGGACACUUCGGAGCCCAUGUACGGGUGUGACAUCUGUGGUGCAGCCUACACCAUGGAUUCCCUGCUCCAGAAUCACCAGCUGCGCGACCACAACAUCAGACCCGGAGAAAGCGCUCUGGUCAAGAAGAAGGCGGAGAUGAUCAAGGGAAAUUACAAGUGCAAUGUCUGCUCUCGGACCUUCUUCUCUGAAGGUGGACUGCGGGAACACAUGCAGACCCACCUUGGUCCGGUCAAGCACUACAUGUGCCCCAUUUGUGGUGAGCGCUUUCCGUCACUUCUCACGCUCACUGAGCAUAAAGUCACGCACAGUAAGAGCCUGGACACGGGCACCUGUCGUAUAUGCAAGAUGCCCCUGCAGAGUGAGGAGGAAUUCUUGGAGCACUGCCAAAUGCACCCGGACCUGAGGAACUCCCUCACAGGCUUCCGAUGUGUGGUCUGCAUGCAGACUGUAACAUCCACUUUAGAGCUGAAGAUUCAUGGCACUUUCCACAUGCAGAAGACUGGGACAAUGUCAAGCAACCAUCCUGUUGGGCGCAUCCAGCAUCCCCAGAAACUGUACAAGUGCGCUUCUUGUCUGAAGGAGUUCCGAUCCAAGCAGGACUUGGUCAAGCUAGACAUCAACGGGCUCCCUUAUGGACUCUGCGCCUUGUGUGUGAGUGGCAGCAAAAGUGCCAGCCCUACUUUGAAUGGGAGCAAGCAGCAAGUGUUGGGCGUGGGAGGUCAAGGAGAAACGCUCAGCCCCGGCGACAGCAAGAGCAAGGCCGCCUCCUCGAAGACCCGGUGCUCCAGCUGCAACGUGAAGUUUGAGUCCGAGGUUGAGCUCCAGAACCACACGCUGUCCGUCCACAGAGACCUGGCGGCUGAGAGCAGCGGCAGUCAGCUCAGGACCCCGCAGGCCUCCCCGAUGACACGAGUCAGUCCUUCGCAGACUGAAGAGAAGACAUACCAGUGCAUAAAGUGUCAGAUGAUUUUCUACAGCGAAUGGGACAUUCAGGUGCAUGUUGCGAAUCACAUGCUUGCAACACCAUCACAGAACUUCAGAAAGGAACUUUUCAUAUCAAAUCACACAAAAGAGGAGGGCCUGAACCACGAAUGCAAGCUCUGCAGCCAGACCUUUGACUCGCCGGCCAAGCUGCAGUGCCACCUGAUCGAGCACAGCUUCGAAGGGAUGGGUGGAACCUUCAAGUGCCCGGUCUGUUUCACAGUUUUUGUGCAAGCGAGCAAGUUACAGCAACAUAUCUUCUCAGCUCACGGGCAAGAGGACAAAAUCUAUGAUUGUUCCCAUUGUCCUCAGAAGUUCUUCUUCCAGACAGAGCUACAGAACCAUACAAUGAGCCAGCACAGCAGCUAACAUGGUGGAUGUCUCGUUGUGAGGAAAGCUGCGAGUCUCAAAAAAAAGAUAUGGAUCACUUACUUACUCUUUGCACGGAACUAUCAUUGCAAUUGUACAUGAUAACAGAAACCUUGUAUUGUAAGAAAUAAAACCCUGUAUUAUAAAAAAAAGUGAUACAAGAUAGCAUUGAACAUUGUGUAUUUGAAUUUUUAAGCACCAGGCUGACUUAAUGUAAAUAAAGUAUCUCACAUGUGUUGUUACUUCUCCAGCUACCAGACACAAAACGUUCUUAUAAUACCCAGGACACAGACUCUAUUCCAAAGACUAGCAUUUUCAAUCGAAUGAAAUAGGAUCCGCUUGGUCAGAAAGGAAUAAGGACUCAUAUUGACUUAUUAAAGAAGACCACCACAAUUAUACUUUUUUAAAAACCAGCUUACUUCUGUUGAACAUAUUGAUCAGAUUUUUACUUGUAGAAAGUAACAUUUAGAUUUUGUACACAUCAACAAAGAAAAACUUCAGUUUGUCCCAUAAAUGGGGUUGUCAUCAUGCAUAAAACUCAUUAUAGAACAGAAACUAGACUUGAUAAAGGUGGCUCUCUGGAUGUGGUCUAAGCGGUAUACCGUUAGCAUUUCUCAUAUAUGCAAUGGUUGUAAUAUAGAUUGGAAACACUUCUUUUCUUGUGGAAACUGACAGAAGCUUAAGCCUCCUGUAAUAAUUCCAGCACGGCCAAAUCUCAAGUCAAUUAAACGAACCUGUAUGUUACUGUUAUUAAUGUUUACUCUCUAGUCUGAACCUGGAGAUUACUGGAAUUGUUUUUGCAAUAGGAAAUAAAUCCAAUUUACCUUUAGGUACUGGAGUGUGUUUUUUUAUUCUUCAUUUUUGGUAUGUAAUUAUAAAACUGUUCUUCUCGCCACCUCAUGGAUUGUGGUAAAGCCCUUCAAUCACAUGGCCUUGUGUGACAUUCCAUUGGUCUUUUAAAGCUGUAAGACAUUUUGAAGUAUUCCAUUCCAUUAUUUAAUAUAUUUACUAUUAUUUGAACUUGAGAAGCACUUUUGUAUAAUAAUGCAAUGCUCUAAAUCUUAAAAUCUGUCGAUUUUAGGGUAACUGGAAAUAUUCUCUUUGACAAGAGCUUGGAAUAUUAAAAAAGUACUACACUUCUAAUAUGACUUAAUCUGUUAUAGAAACGUAAUGAACAAAGUUCUGAAUUUAGAAGAACUUGUUUUGGUGUUGCACAUGUGAUGCAUAUUAAAGCUCUCUUGUGAAAAAAGAAGUCCUAUUUCGUGUCAACUUGUUAAAAUAUUUCAGAUGGGAUGUGAUUACAACAAACUGUAACAUAAAUAAUGCUUGAAUAAAUUUGACAUCUUUGUGUUAUGUUUUUGUUUUAUAAUCUACAAAUAAAAUUCAUAAUUUGUGUCA